AUGUCGAACACCCGUUUCCCCGCCCCCAAGUCAAACGAGUACCAGUGGCGCAACCUGUACCUAAGGCAGUAUGGCAUCUGCACCUACGCCCCGCCGAUGCCAAAGCACCCGGAGACGACCACCGCCAACACCUCCUCCACGCCGCCGAGGAGAAGGGUUGACCACAUAGGCAGUAGCAGCUUCAGCCCGGGUAACAACUCCACCUCCGGGGAUGAGGGGAACGCGCCGAAUACCCCGGGUCUACUCCAGCCGACGUCGCGGCACAUUUCAAGCGCACUGGCCCGGCACGGCCUUCGCCGGCCUUCUGUUGAGCUUCGACGGGGCUCAUCCGGCUACGAGCCGCUGGAGAUGCUCAGCGACCAGCAGCUCUUCUCGGCGAGCGUCUUCUCGUUUUUGGGUGAGCGCAACAGUGAGACAACGACGCCGUUGCUGCCGCAAACGCCGCCGAGGUCGGACAGUCCGAGGGGUGUGCGAUUACCGUCCAUCCUGCGCAGCUCCCUGUCGACCCAGCUGAAUGAGACGAUGCGGCAGCGGGGCAGGUCUGUCGACGAAGACGGGAGGUCGGCGGCGGCGGUCCCGGCGCAGGCGCUGCUGCGGCUUCAGCGCGAAACAUGGCAGCUGCUGAUGGACAACCGCAUCAUGGCCUGGUUUGAGCGGGAGGCGAAAAACCGUGGGCGAAUCACCGCCACUGUGCAGCGGCGCCUGUUAGAAGUUGUCACGUGGCAGCCGGAGUCCCAAGGCAGAGGCCCCGCCAAGAAACCCACCGAAGGUCCCGCGAGGAACUCGACUGCCGCGGAGGAGGCGACGGCGGAAACGGACGGGCCCGUGAAAUUUGUUCCCAUUUCUUCUGCCGCUGUUGCACCCGCCACCCGCACCCGCAGCCCCAACCGCAGCCCCACGCCCCCACUCACCGAGGACAGCGGCGCCGCAGAGUUGAGGGAGGAGGAGAAGCUCAUGCGGACGCUAGAGCAGUUUUCUCCCUUCUUCGCCGUCAUCUCCCCACCCGAGGCGGUGCAGAGAGUGGCGGGCAACGCAGCUCUGGCAAGAGGUCGUCGACGGCGCGGUGACGCUCCCGGCGUCAUUGGUCUUCCGCUCUUUAGCCAGUAUGCCACCUGGCGAGAGACGUAUGAGAAUCGGCUGAUAUGGAAUCUGGCGCCCUUCAGCUUUUUCCUCAUUCACGACCAGAGUUACAAUCACGCCCACAUUGCGGCUAUGUAUGUGCUGCUGGAUCUCAUUAACAGCAAUGCGCAUCUCCACACGGCAGAGUGUGUGAUGGGUGAGCGUCAGCGUAAAAUUCCCGCCGAGGGUCGAUCGCGACGAGGUCGCACCGUGAAAGAUGCCGCACCGGAGGCGUCGCUGUGUCCAUUGCAAGUUGUGCAGCAGCUGACAGAGGACAUCCUCCUCGCCUAUGAGCAAAGCGCCUCACGCACAACGCUGUCGAUGGCCCUCGACGUUCAGGAGUUUCUGGUGGACAUUGUCCUUGACCCUGACACCGCAGUGUGCUUCCUGAGCAAUACCGCCUUGCGCCGCCAGUGUGGAGCUGAUGUGGGCGUCGGUUGCGGCGAGGUUGGCGACUCUGCGGCGAGGAAGGGAAGGAAUGAGGCAUCUAGGGAAACCCUGAAAGGCGGGGCAGCCGCCGCGGGGAAGGCGGAAGAGCAGGAGCAGGGGCAAGGCAAGGAGGAGGCGGGUGUCACACCCGCCGACGAGGCCGAAAUUGUGGACUGGAGUUCCUUGAGGAAGCUGAAUGACACCACCUUUGACGAACUCUUUGCCCUCGCCAACUGGUUCGUGGACGCGCCGACCGCGAACAGUCUCAUACCUCUUGAGACGCAGACCGCAUUGGCCUCGCCUCUUCCCUCUGCCCGCACGAAGAAAGGGGCCGGCGGGCAAAACUUUGGCGCCAGCACGACACUCUCGCACGAGAGCAAGAAGAGCAUUUCCCACCCCACCCUCUCUGAGGUGAGUACGCAGGCGAGCAGAGAGCCUGGCCACGUCAUUGGGCGGCCACGGGAGUAUGACGCCACCAUGACUGUUGUGGAGGCCAUAACCCGCUACGAGCUGCAGCGGCAGCGCGUGACGGACCAGCGGAUAGCGGAGCAGCAACAAAGCGCCCCCACACCACCGGCGCAGCGGAGGCAUCGAAGGAAGCGUGUUGCCUCCGCCCGUGGCCACGCAGCUAAUGAGUUGGUUGAGAUGCCAGACCUCCCUAUUGGGGCAACGCUUCUCGCAACACCGCUCUCGUUUAUCACGACCUACAUCCGCCUUCAUGGGGCCCCUUGGCUAAAGGAGUUGCUGGGGCGCUUGUUUAACAUUCUCCGCCGCGAGAGUGUGUUGUUGUACGUCAAUGGACUAGAACUGGAUGCUCCUCUCCGCGCCUCCUCGCAGGGGUCCACCUCGCAGCUGAGCGGCAGCGGCGAGAGAAGCAACGAGGGCAUGCCCUGCCUUGGGCACGAGAGUGAUCGCUGGCGGCAUUUGAACCCCAAGGAAGCCGUCCAUCACCAACGCCUGGGGCACCUGGAGGACCUCAUCUGUCAAGACAUUCAGUACGUCAUGGAGGAGUUCUUUGGCACCUUGUUCGGCAAACGCUCCGUGACGCGUCUGCCGCAGGGCAUCUCCGUCCUGCUCACGAACUUCUGUACAACGAUUCAUCUACAUAUGCUGAAGCAGCACGUCUCCGUCGACACCACCCUCGACAAGCCCGCGAUAAGUGUGCGGAGGUGCCUUGCGGAGAUGCGGCAAAAACGCGUGACGGGUGGGGGCUUGACCACCAUGUGGGGUCAGCACAAACAGGACGCAACCGACCGCCUUAUCCGAAGCAUUGAGAGCAACCGGCUGGCGAAGUUCAUCCUCUUCGACUGCUGGAUUCUGCCGUCCCUCAACAACGCCGUGGAGUUUGGGUUCAUCUCGGAGGGGGCUCCGAACCACCUCCGCUGGAACCUGGACGCCUUUGCGCGGUACCUGAAAAUCAUCGUGAAUGCCACCGCCACCACCGCCGACAACACCGAUGUGUACAUCCACACCAUCACCCCGAACUCGGCGGCGGCGGCGGCGGCGCAGCUGCGCGGGGGGACGACACCCACCCUGGAACGAAAACCCCGCACUCAAAAUGAGCUGCUGCCUCCACCCCGCUGCGACACCGUCAAGCUGCCGCCCCUCAUCAACGGCAUCUACGACGUCGCCUCCGGCUCGCUCAUGCAGCUGUUUCGCGACCCAGGUGAGGAGGCGGCGGAUGAGUGGCCGGAAAAGUUUACCUUCGGCGACGCGUCCACGUCGGUGAACUCGCCGGAAACCAAGGCGACGGAGAGAAGCUCCAGCUCCCCCGACGUCCGCAAGCCCUGGAAGGAUUUGUCCACCGCCCUCAGCUACUUAAACGAGUCCCUCGGCAUCACCGGCGGCGACACGGAGGUUGAGGUGUACGAGGACGACACGGAUGUCACGCCGGUGCGAAUUUUGAAUAUCUUUUGUGCCCGCGCCUCCGGCGACAUCUCCGCGAAGGUGGUGGUGACGGAGUACAAAGUUGCCCCCUCCGUCGCCGCGGCGUGCGUGAGCAAAACCUUUUCGAUUGUCUCCGGCGAGCACCCGCUCGUGCGGGACGCGUACCUCUCCGGCGCCUUGGUGGGGCAGUUCCGCUCCUCGCCCUACCUGACAUGCCUCAUUGGGGUUCUGCUGCACCCCCGCACCGCCUCGAAGGUUCUCGACAAUGUCUCGCACAACAGUCGCCCAUUCCUUACCGCCCUUUUGAAGCCGCUAAAGGCGGAGGGUUUGCUGAACCUCAUCUCUUCCCUGGUAGUGGCACGGAAAAACGUGCCGCUGGUGGACACCAACGAGCUCAUUCCGUUGAUAGCGGCCAUCCCCAUGAAGGAACCCGACACGGAGACCGUUGAUGGGGCGGACAAGGCGGCUGUUGCGAGGAUGAGCGAGGCAGGCAAGAAGAGCUCGCCGGUCGCCUUGUGGGAGGCCGCGACGGGGCGUCUCCUGCAACAGCGCGCGCAAGUCACCACAGGGGAGAUGCUUCCGUCGGAGGUCACGCUGCACCCACUGCUUCGUCGAAUUGGACCAACAAAUUCUUACAAGGCGCUUCGCACCACCACGGACCUAAUUGUGAAUGAACUGUCCCGCAUACCCUCUUGCUUUGACGCCUGGUGGCGCGCCAUGGUCGUGGCCCUCGCUGUAAAAGUGAUGAACGUCAUUGAGGAGUGCGGCGACGCAAAAUCCACGCAGUGGGAGGAAUGGUGUGGGGCGAGGAUGCACGAGAUUCGCCGCGAGCACCGCGGCUUGUGCACCUACUUCACACGGCACAAAGGGGGAGUGAUAGACAUCAGCAGCGCAAAGGCGCUGUCGUACGCAAAGGAAAGAAGCCGACGCUCAGGCUCUACGAAUAUGUCCGUGGCGAAAACUCCAACGGUGCGAGCCGCGGAGGAGCCGAAGAAAGUUAAGAAGAAGAACAAGAAGUUGAAACGGGGUCACUCCAAGCCAAAGAAGCAGACGCCGGCGAAGCAGGAGGGCUCAAUUCUAAAAUUGCCCGCACAAUCAGGGAAAGAACGGAUACGCAUAUAA